CUCUCUCUCUCUCUCUCUCUCUCUCUCUCUCUCUCUCUCUCUCUCUCUCUCUCUCUCUCUCUCUCUCUCUCUCUCUCUCUCUCUCUCUCUCUCUCUCUCUCUCUCUCUCUCUCUCUCUGAGACCCACUUGUGCCUUUGACAAUGCACAGAUAAUAAUAGGUGCCCAUAUAAGGUCAAAGGGAGUUCCCCUUCCUGAAUCAUGGAUGCUGUGCUUAAUGUGAUUGGAUGGUUCUUGAAGAGGUUAUUUGUUGAAGGAAGAAGUGGAAUUCGGAAAGUUGAAGUCUUUUCCCUCCACAUGUUACAGUCGGUAUGUCAUUUGCUCUCGUGUUACAGAAGCAAGAACUGAAAUGACCUUAAACCUUUCUAUGUUUAAAGUUGAAGUAUACUGUACAUAGGUGGAUGUUUAGUACUUUGUCUCGUACACUUUAUGUAGCAAUAUCUAUAUUAUAUAUAUUUGUAAAUCUAUAUUGGCCUAUCUAUGUCUCAAUAUCCAUCUAUCUAUCUAUCUAUCUAUCUAAUAUGUUUUUUUUUUUUUUUAGAUCUGUCUACACAUGUGUUUUACAAUUUAUGUGUGCUUCUAUUAAUUGCAGGAAACAUAUUAAAUCUACUUUAAAAUGAUCUAUUGGUCUGAUGUUUUUUUCUACAUUUAGAAAUUCGUAGCGUUAGAUCAGCAUAUUGCAUUUGUAGCUAAAUUAAUACCAACGUGUGGAUUUUGGUUUUGAAUUGUGUGCGCAAAUCGUACGAGGCAUGAAUCGAUUCUCAGAAUUUGUUUUCAACUGUAGGCUACUCCUAUCACAAAUCCAUCCUUCAGUCGUGACAGGCAAAACAGCUAUCGAGCAUCGAGCCCCCAGAAGGAGGUUUGAAUGGUAGACCCUGAUCCACUGACGAAUCAUCCAUAAGGGGACUAGAAGGCAGUAGGUACGGCGGAAGACUGGGACGUGGCGGUGGUGGAAUCGAAGCCCUACAACAGCGACGGAGACGUCAAACGCCGCCGAUUUUCCUAAUACACACAAAUGUUAGCUGCGAAAGGAGGUCUAUACGUUCGGGAGUUUUUAUUAGCCUGUCGCAUCCCUGACCGCCAACGCGCGUCUACGCUCACAGCGCGGACUGCGGGCGCGUGCACGCGUCUCCCCGCUGCUUUGCGUGGAGCAGCGAGUGACCGGAGAGAGAGCGUGCGCACCGCGCGGUAGUGGGGAGAGGUGUGACGUUCCCGCACCGCAUCUUCAACAUGACAGGUCUUCCUGACCGACCAGCGACGGUGUGUCCGAGUCGGACCCCCCUGGCGGUCGUCUGAGGCGGGGGGAGGGGGGGGCCGUCGCACCCAUGUUCAGAGCCAGUGUGUGUCGAGUCCAAUGGAACCUGUGACCCUGGCGGGCGAGAGCCCAGCGAUGCGCCCCGUCAGGUCUUCGUCCCCGCGUGCCCUCCGCGCCCUGCUCCUGGUGGCGUGCGCGCUGGCGUGCGCGCUCGCGUCCAGCGCACCUGUUGCAGACCGUACAGAUGUCAAUCGGACAGCAAGGCCUCUACCGCAGCGUUCAUACCCUUCAUCCUCCUCCUCUUCCUCGCCCUCCCGUCCCGAGGGGAGGGGCCCCCCUCACAGCCUCACCUCGGAGGAGGAGGAGGAGGAGGCGGGGGUGGACCCUGACCCCGACCUGGACCCCGACAUGGACCCGGACCUGGGGCCCUCGGGGGCCCAAGGGAUCCACCUGCUGCUGAGGCCCCCGGACCUGCUGUCCCCCAGCCUCCCGCCGCCCCUCCCGCCGCACGGCCAGCCCACCCUCACCCCCCCGCCGCCCUGGGACCACGGCCCCUCCUCCCUGGAGGAGGGCUGGGGCUCCGGGGACUACCUGGAGACCCUGUCCUUCAUGGUCCCCGACGGCGAGGAGCUGGCCCCCGCCACGCCGCUGCCCGAGCACCGCUACGACGAGGACGCCAGUGACUGGCUCUCCUACGACACCUCCUUCCCCUCGCGGCCCACGCUGCCGCUGUCCUCCCGCCUGCCCCUCCUCUCCCCGUCCUCCUCCUCCUCCUCCUCUUCCUCCUCCUCCUCGUCCUCUUCCCCGACGCGGCGGCCGGGGGGCCCCGACCUGCUGCCCGCCUGGGAGGACGAGGAGGAGUACGACCCCGACGACCUGCUGCCGCUGGAGCCCACGGAGCUGCUGCUGCCCGACAUGAACAGCCUGGAGUACUACAGCAACCUGCAGGCCCGCGAGAGGGACGAGAGGCACCGCGAGCUGGAGAGGGAGAGGCACCGCGAGAGGGACGAGAGGCACCGCGAGCUGGAGAGGGAGAGGCACCGCGAGAGGGACGAGAGGCACCGCGAGAGGGAGAGGGAGAGGGAGAGGGAUCACCGCACGGCCACGGCCACGGCCGCCGCCAUCGCGCCGACGGCCACGCGGACGGCCGCGCACCCCUCCACGCGCACGGAAACCCCCCCCCGCGUGGACGCCGACGCCCCCCCGCCUCCUAGCCGCCCGUCCGUCCCGAGCUCGGAGGCGAGGUCGCCGUCGCCGCCGCCACCGCCGUCGGGACGGGAGAAGCCCAAGGGCCCCCCCGCGGAGCCCACCCCUCCGCUGGCCGUCGCCCCCACGCUGGAGGGCGGCCGGGACGGCGCCCCCACCCCGGCGCUCGCCACCACGCCGGUCCGGACGCCGGUCACCCCCCCGCCGCCCCGAGACCCCCCACUGGGGCGGCCCGACGAGGAGGCGCGGCCCCCGUCCAACACGACCAGCGUGGCGCUCCUCCCGCCCGGGGCCCCGCCCCAGAGACCCGGACACGCCCCCGAGGCGGAGCCGGACCCCGACGCGGUGAAACCGCACCUCGUGACGCGCUUCACCCCCACCGAAAAACCCACCACCACCACCGCCGCCACCGCCGCCAAAACCACCACGGUCGGGACCACCACUGCCAAACCCACCACCACCACCACCACCACCACCUCCACCACGGCCAAACCAGUCACCACCACCACCUUGCGGGCCAAUGUGAUCAGCUUCACCCGCGCCCCGCCCGUCACCACGCCCCGGGUGGGGCAGACUCCGCCCACCAGGCAGUACCUGUGCAACGCCACCAAGCCCGAGAUGUACCUGGUCCGAGUGGUGAGCUCCAAGGGUCCCUCGUCUGGGUUCAACCAGGUCAGGGACCUACUGAAGAGGGAGUUCAACCGCUCCGUGGAACUGCAGUUCCUGCGGACCCCGUCCAGCUUUGCGUUCCGGGCCGUGUCGGGGCCCCUGAUCUUCACCGCCAUGUCUGUGCUCAACGCCCUGCGGCAGCCGGCCCGGGGGGGCCCGGGGCCCCUGCCGGGGGUCCAGCCCCUCUACAGCGUCCCGGACCUCCGGCACCAGGUGCACUCGGUGCUGCAGUUCGUCCCGGGACACGUGGACGUGCGGCUCUGCAACUUCAGCGAGCGCGUGGAGCGAGGGCUGCUGCUGGCCUACGCCGAGACCCGUCGCCGGGCCCAUGAGCAAGGCAACGUCACCGUGCAGCUGCUGAACAUCACUAUGGGCCCCCGGUCGGCGGUGAACCUGAAGGUCCCGGUGGACAUCACCUUCGCCGUGCGCGACGCCCGCGGCUUCCUGACGGGGUCAGAGGUCAGCCAGCACCUCAGGAAGCUCAGCGAGGUGGAGUUCAGCUUCUACCUGGGCUACCCCGCCAUGCAGAUAGCAGAGCCCUUCCUGUACCCUGAGCUGAACACUUCCCACCAUCUGCGCUCCACAUGGGUCCGCACAGUGCUGCUGGGGGUGGGCGACCAGCUGCUGACGGAGCGGAGCUUCAGGGCGCGUCUGGAGCGGCGUCUGGCCCUGCUGCUGGAGGAGGGGCUGGGGGAGAGGGCCCGCCGCCGCUGGAGGAGGUCCACCGCCGUGGGCAACAGCAGCCUCCAGGUGGUGCGUAUCGCCCGGCUCUCGGGCCCCGAGCGGCCCCUGGAGGUGCUGUACUUCGUGGAGGGGCCCGGCGGGGCGCGGGUCCCGGCCGAGGCCACGGCCGCCACGCUGAACCGGCUGGACCUUCAGCGGGCCGCCAUCGUCCUGGGGCACCGCAUGCAGCGGCCCCUGGCCCAACCCGUGGAGACAGUGUCGGUGCCGCCGUCGGAGACGCAGAGCAGCAGCGUGUGGCUGAUCGUGGGCGUGGUGGUGCCCGUGCUCCUGGCCCUCUUCAUCAUCGUCAUCCUCUACUGGAAGAUGUGCGGCUCGGAGAAGCUGGAGUUCCAGCCAGACGCCAUCAACACCAUCCAGCAGAGGCAGAAGCUGCAGGCUCCGAGCGUGAAGGGCUUCGACUUCGCCAAGCUGCAUCUGGGUCAGCACAGCAAGGAUGACAUCAUGGUCAUCCAGGAGCCGGGGGCCGCGCCCGCCCCCGCCAAGGAGCCCGCCCCCUCGGAGGGGGGGGACCCCAACACCCCCAAGUCCAAGGGCUCCUCCUCCACCAAGGUGGCCCGCUCCAGCCGGCGCCGCGGAAGGAUGACCCCGUCAGACGGAGACUCGCUGGGCAGCGACCAAUCGAGUGGCAGGGAAUCGGCGGAGGAGAGCACCCGGCCCGUGGCCACGCCCAGCGAGGCCAAGCAGCACCGCAAGACGGCCAAGAACGGGAGGAACAAGAUUGCCGCCCCCUCAGGCAGCGGUCCCGACGAGCUGCUCUCCUCCUCGUCCAUCUUCGACCACGUGGACCGCCAGUCGCGGGGGUCCGGCGACGGCACGCGUCGCCAGGCCAACAAGGUGCAGCUGAUCGCCAUGCAGCCGCGACACAGCCCCCCCACCGCCGCCGCCGGGGCCACCCAGCCCCCCCACCAGCAGCAGCCCCCCGCCCAGGGCCGGCAGCACCCCCCCGCCCAGCCCAGCCCCACCCUCACAGAGAGGGUCAACACUGAGGUGGCGCUGCGGCACAAGUCCGAGAUCGAGCACCACCGCAACAAGCUGCGUCAGCGCGCCAAGCGCCGCGGCCAGUGCGAGUUCCCGUCCAUGGACGACAUCCUGGACGCCUUCGGGGACGCCGAGGCGCAGGACGUGGCCCCGCAGCGGCUCUAUAGCUCCGCCCACGACCACAUGGACCGCAUGCUGCACCACGACGGCGCCUCGCCGCCCAGCCCCGGGGAGUCCCGCAAGAGAGGGAGGCGCUCUCCGCGGGUGCGGCGGGCUCAGCCAGGAAACGGCAGUCUUCCCGACACGGACCGGGACCGCCUGCUGACCGACGGGAACGCCACCUACAGGAAGUACCCCGGCCUCAACAACGUGGCCUACAUGUCGGACCCUGACCUGGCCCCGUCCCACGGCAGCCCCUCCCCCACCGACGAGGUCUUUGACUCGGCGCUGCCCCCGCCCCCCUACCUACCCCCCCAGCCCUCCAUCGAGGAGGCCCGGCAGCAGAUGCACUCCCUGCUGGACGACGCCUUCGCCCUCGUCUCCCCCUCCUCCCUGCAGGGCAGCGUGGGCGUGGCCGGGAUAAGCCCCGCCCUCCCACCCAGCCCCUCCCCUCAGGGCAGACCCCCGGGCAGACAGUGGGGUUCCUACCCGGCGCACAGCCCCUUCUCCGCCAGGUACGCUGAGCUGGGCAUGUCUCCGUCGUCGGUCCAAGGCCUGAUGCAGAGGCAGGGCCUGGGGCUGGGCGGGGCGUACGUGUCGGCCAGCGAGCAGAUGCAGGAGUCUGUGUACGGCGGCAGGGGGCCCUACGACGACCCGCCGUCGUCCUCCCGACCCCGGCCAGUAGGGGGCAGCGCAGGCGCCCAGCUGCACCACCUGACCCAGGUGGGUCUGUCCAGUCAGAUCGGGGCGUACCCCGGGGUGGGCCGCAGCGUGUCGGGGCCCACCGGGUCCAGCUGGAACCACCAGCACCCGGACCACGACCCCCCCGGGGCCAGCAGGGAGAGCGUGCUGUCCUUCCCCGAGUUCACCUCCUCCUCGGUGUUCCAGAUGCCCAGCUCCUCGCUGCAUGACCCCUCGUCGGCCCCGCCCCUCCUGCUGACCUCGCCCACCCCGGAGUACCCCCCCGAGGACGCCUCCCCCUCCGCCCAUAGCUCCGCCUCCCUCAUCAAGGCCAUCAGGGAGGAGCUACGCCGCUUGGCCCAGAAACAGGCCUCCGUGUCCAGCUACCCCUAGCGACCACGCCCGGUAACGGUGUGUGGGGGGGGGGGGGGGGCGGGGUGCAGCCCCGAACCUAUCCCCGACCUGGACCGGUCUGCACCAGUCUGAACUGGUUUUUACACUGCUGUACAACUGGCCGACGACAACACUGGGAGAUGGUUCGUUAAAAAAAAAAAUAAUAAAUGGAUUUUCACAUCGGAACCGCUGUGCGCGAAAAUACAGAAAAUGCUCUCUCUGACACGUCAACGAAGCGAAGAAACUCCACUUCCGAACUCGGUCCGACACAGGGUCUCCACGGCUGUCCAAUCCCCUCGUCUUAACGUCCACCCCCCUGCGGUUUUGUAACAUUUACAUCCAGCCAUCGUCUAUUCUCAGCGGAGGCUUUUUACUCAAACCCGAAUAUCUCCCCGAAUUCGGAAUUCCUCAGCAGAUCGGAAUUUUGCUGGGGAUUGGAAUUCCUAACCGGAUCGGAAUCUCUCCGAAAUCGGAAUUCCUCCCCGGAUUUGGAAUUUCUCAGCAGGUCGGAAUUCCUCACCGGAAUCGGAAGUGCUUCCCGGACGUUCAUCUUUUCCCCUCCCGACGGUUCCUCGGUGCUAAGUGUCAAAUCUCACACAGUGUUCUCCUCAUAAGCCACGCAUUGCCUUCCACACCCGUCCAUCACACAACCCCACACAGACCCCUCCCC